CUUUUUAAUUUUGUUUUCUCUCUCCUCUUAAUGAUCUCUCUCCCCAUUUAGUAACUUUUUUUUUCUUUUCCUUUCAUCCAGUUUAAUUCGUAUCCAGUUCAGCAUCCUAACGGCUCGGACCAGAGUUCGGAGAAGGUAAUUUUCAAAAACGCUAAAACCCUAUCUAUCUUGAAUGUGUUGAUUUCAGUUUUUCUUUUUCAAAUCUGAUGCGUGAUUUCUUCCUUCUCGCUGGAUAAAUUUGUGUCUGGAAAUUUUACUUUUUGUGGUGUAGUCAAUUUUCUAUUUCGCAUAUAUGUAAUUUUUAUUUUGCGAAGAAAAGUAAUCUUUGAUCGACCUCGGAUUGCUCGUGUCCUUGAAUAUUUUCUAUCAUCAUUGCUAUCGUUUCUUCCUAAUAGGAUUCCUGUGAGUCGGAUAUGAUCUCGUGGAAAAAGAUUGUUUCUACGGUCUUCUUUUUCUUUUCUUGGUAUGAUUUUCAAGAUAAUCAUCCAGCAUAAAAAGAUGUUUCCCGAAGAGUUUCAAUUUCUGAUAUCUUCAAUUUUUUAUUUUUUUUUUAUUUUUUGAUUUAAUCAAAGGUCAAAAUUCUGAUAUGCUUUUGGUUCUAUUUGCAUGUCUGUUCCCUUAGCAGGUAGAGUUUCAUUGUUUGUGAUUAUAGGCUUCAACUAAAUGCCGUCAGUAGUUUCCCCUCAGUGGCAGGAGAAAGCUAGUGGUUUCUUUCAAUCCUCAGGUGUCAAGCUUAGAGAAGCUGGUCAAUCUGCAGGAAUAUUCUUGGAGGAGGUCGCCAAGGAUGCGAAAGGUAACGUCGCAGAUGUCGCAGAAAAAGUUGGAUCCACCGUCAAAAGUAGGUGGUCAUUUCUACAGCAGCCAUCAACUAGACAUGCCAUGCAAGAGCGUCUUAUUACUGCUGCUGCCACCACGAGCAUGUUUCUGAGGAAGGGGUUUUCUGAGACUAAAGAUAAAGUUACCAUAGGAAAGACCAAGGUUGAAGAGGUAGCAAAGAAGACAGCACAGAAGAGCAAGACUCUUCUAAGUGACAUUGAACGCUGGCAGAAGGGUGUUGCAAGUACCGACGUGUUUGGAGUUCCAAUUCAAGCAACUGUUCAGCGCCAAGAGUCGACAAGGCCCAUUCCUCAUAUAUUGGUCAAAUGUGCUGACUUUCUUGUGUUGUCAGGAAUGAACUCUCAAUACCUGUUCAAAUCUGAAGGGGAUAGAAAGGUUGUUCAGCACUUAGUAUCAUUAUAUAAUCAAGAUCUGAAUGCUUCGCUACCUGAGGGUGUCAACCCGAUUGAUGUUGCUGCUCUCAUGAAGUGUUAUCUUGCAUGCUUGCCCGAGCCGUUGACUACAUUCGAGCUGUAUAACGAACUCAAAAGUGCUCGUUCCAGCAUAGUAGUAAUGAGAAAUGUUCUGAAACGGCUACCAACUGUGAAUUACAUGACACUGGAAUUGGUAACCGCAGUUCUACUUCGUGUUAGCCAGAAGUCUCUACUUAACAAGAUGGAUGGUAGAAGCCUCGCCAUGGAACUUGCUCCUGUCAUCAUGUGGCCACAAGGACAGAGACCAGAACAUUAUAUACAAUUCUCCAAUCAAUCAGGCAAAUUUCAAUCCAAAUCUGGAAGGGAUACUGUACAAGGCUACAGUAAUACAUGGGACAUGCUUGAAGAUGAAAACGAGGUGCCAGAUGCGUCAUCUUUAAUUCCAUUGGACGAUGGGUCACCAGUAGACUAUGGGGCUAUUGACGCAUUUGGGAUUCAGCCUGAGAAAUCUGGGAAAUAUCCUUUAGUUGUGAGCACCUGGCCUUUCAAGGAAGCUGUUAGAGCUGCCUGGAAGAGAGUCAGUAGUGGCUCCUCUGCUGUGGAUGCUGUCGUCGAAGGUUGUUCUGCUUGUGAGGAACUUCAAUGUGAUGGUACAGUUGGUCCUGGUGGAAGUCCUGAUGAGAAUGGAGAAACUACCAUUGACGCAAUGAUCAUGGACGGGGUGACAAUGGAAGUUGGGGCUGUUGCUGCGAUGAGAUAUGUAAAAGAUGGCAUCAAGGCUGCAAAAUUAGUAAUGAGGCACACUAAGCAUACUAUGCUUGUUGGAGAGCAAGCCUCAGUUUUUGCCAUUUCGAUGGGUCUUCCAGGGCCAACAAACCUUAGCUCUGCUGAAUCAUUAGAGAAGUGGACUAAGUGGAAAGAGGAUGAUUGCCAACCUAAUUUCAGAAAAGAUGUCUUUCCUGCUAAUCAUUGUGGGCCUUACCAUCCAAAUUCUGAUGCGGGCUCAGGAAAGAUGGCAUGCUCUAUGGUUAACAUGGUUGGUUCAAAUGAGUUGGGGUCAUUUGUCAAUCGCCACAACCAUGAUACAAUUGCAAUGGCUGUCAUUGAUCAUAUGGGUCACAUUGCUGCUGGUACAUCAACUAAUGGAGCCACCUUUAAGAUUCCUGGCAGAGUGGGCGAUGGGCCUAUUGCUGGAUCAUCUGCCUAUGCUGAUGCUGAGGUUGGAGCCUGUGGUGCGACUGGGGAUGGAGAUAUCAUGAUGCGCUUUCUUCCUUGCUACCAAGUUGUGGAGAAUAUGAGGCUAGGAAUGCAACCAAAGCUUGCUGCUGAGGAUUCAAUAUCAAGAAUCGCGAGGAAGUAUCCUGACUUUGUUGGAGCUGUUUUUGCAUUGAAUAAGGAAGGUGUUCAUGCAGGCGCCUGCCAUGGCUGGACUUUUCAGUACUCGGUAAGAAGCAGUGGAAUGAAUGAUGUGGAGGAAGGUAAUCAUCAAGAUACUGCACCAAUGGAAGGUGAAAGUUUUGGUUUGAGUUCAAUUUUCUACCUAGAUAGCUUUGGCCAGGUUAAUCUUACCUUUAAUUCCGAUCAGCUGUCCUGGAAAUCGGUUGAUUCCGGAGAUGAACAUGGAUCAUCUUGUUGUGGGCUCAUUUUACGUCCUGAUUCUUCAAUUAGGAUCUCUGACAUAUAUGCGGUUGAGUUUGUGGACCUCGGUAUGCUAUAUGAAUCUACUCUUGCGAAUGGUGCUGGGGGGUGCCUCUUAGGGUCUCCUUCUGAGAUGUACUGUUUCAAAGUGCACAGUGCGAAGAAGUCUAAGACCUACCCUUCUAUUUUGACUCCAUCAGUUCAUACUUUCCGUCAUGUAGAUUUGAUGACAUGCCAAACUUGGGUUAACAGAAUAAAUGCGUCUCUUAACAGGGAAAACGACCGGCCUAAGAACCUUUUGGUUUUUGUUCAUCCGAGAAGUGGGAAAGGAAAUGGACGUAGAACUUGGGAAGGUGUGGCUCCUAUAUUUUAUCAAGCUAAUAUCAAGGCUGAAGUCAUUGUCACUGAGAGGGCAGGACAUGCUUUUAACAUUAUGGCUUCCACUGCAGACAAGGAGCUGAAUUCAUAUGACGGUGUCAUUGCCGUUGGUGGUGACGGGUUAUUUAAUGAACUCCUGAAUGGACUUCUUCUGACUAGGCAUAAAGUUCCAUAUCCUUCACGACCUGCAGAUUCUAGAGAAUCUGUUGAAAAUGAUGACAAUUUGCCAGCUUCCGAGGCAUGUGAAGUUAUUGUGGAGCCUUCUGAUCCUACCGAAGAUUAUUCCCCUCUUUUGAUGAGUGCAGAACAUAAUUCAAUUCGUGUUCAAAACCUCCGGUCUGAAGAUGAUUCUUGCCUCAUAGAGCAUGAAAGCGAGUUUUCUAUUCCACAUGAGCGGUUUAGAUUUGGGAUUAUUCCAGCAGGAUCCACUGAUGCCACGGUGAUAUGCACAACUGGGGCUCGAGAUCCUGUAACUUCUGCUUUGCAAAUUGUCCUUGGUAAAAGGUUGAGCCUUGAUAUAGCACAAGUUGUACGGUGGAAAGCAACAUCUAUGUCAAAGGAUGAACCUUAUGUGCGCUAUGCAGCGAAUUUUGCAGGAUAUGGAUUUUAUGGGGAUGUAGUUACAGAGAGUGAGAAAUACCGUUGGAUGGGUCCAAAGCGAUACGAUUACGCAGGUACAAAGGUGUUUCUCCAACACAGGUCAUAUGAGGCAGAAAUUGCUUAUCUUGAGGUUGAACCAGAGAAAGGCAAUUUUUGUCCUGAAAGAGGCCCUUGGUCCAGCAAGGUGAAAGCAAUGAUAGGUCUAUCAAAGGAAGCUGAGAAAUCUACUUGUCUUGCCAAUUGCAAAGUUUGUAAUAAGAAGCCAGUUUGCUCACCAUCAAGAUCUGCUAACAUGGGUCCAUACUCAAAGGCUUUACGAUGGAAGAAGUCCAAAGGCCGUUUUCUUAGUGUUGGUGCUGCAGUUAUAUCCUGCCGAAAUGAAAAGGCGCCUGAUGGUCUAGUAGCCGAUGCACACCUUUCAGAUGGUUUCCUUCAUCUUAUACUGGUCAGAAACUGUCCUCGUGCGCUGUAUUUUUGCCACCUGUCCCAGCUGGCAGUAAAGGGUGGUAAACCCUUGGAGUUUCAGUUUGUCGAACACCACAAAACCCCUGCGUUCAUGUUCACUGCUAUAGGCAAGGAAAGCGUUUGGAAUGUGGAUGGUGAGAUUCUCAAAGGACAUCAACUUUCAGCCCAAGUUUUUCGAGGCCUUGUCAGUUUAUUUGCUUCUGGUCCUGAAGCCUAG